UUUAGCCCGUGAUGCUUAAGAAUGUAAAUCUGCACAGUGGUUUUCCUCUCUAAUCUCAUUUGGCGAUGCAAAACAGGGACGACUUGAAUUAAAAACAGUACAUCGGAUGUUAAUGACCAGCAUGUGACUAUGUGACUGACAGGUGUAGCAGGCUUGUGCCUUUUUUCAGAAACAGGAAACAUUUCGCUGCUUUUGGGGUUGCAAGCAGAUCGUGCUCAGAAAUGGCUGAUGUUCCAGCAAAGACAUGCUGUAAAUGGGACAUUACGGUGCUGGAGACGGUGUCACCAUGAAGGGUUCCAGCUCCAGAUGGGCCUUCUCCCUGGGCUUCUUGGUGGGGGCCUGCAGCAUCUACUUCUUCCUGCGUCAGGUGUGGUUUGAGAGGAGCUACCCCGUGCUGUCAGAGGCUCAGGAAAGAACCACAGCGGUGUCGGAGAGACCAACCAGCUGGAGGAAGGAGGGAGCUGCUCUCGUCAAUCGGCUCCAUCCUCACCAUGCAGAUGAAGACAGCCGGGUGGCAGAUGUGUUGUACCAGAAGGUACGUAUUCUCUGUUGGGUGAUGACAGGGCCGUAUAACCUGAAGAGCAGGGCCCGCCAUGUCAGGGCCACCUGGAGUCGCCACUGCAAUGUUGUGGUGUUCAUGAGCUCUGAAGAGGACCCAGACUUCCCCACUGUGGGUCUUGGCACCAAGGAGGGUCGUGACCAGCUCUACUGGAAGACCAUUCGAGCCUUCCAUUACGUCUACGAGCACCAUGCAAGUGAAGCCGAUUGGUUCUUAAAAGCAGAUGAUGACACCUAUGUGGUGGUGGACAACUUGCGCUGGAUUCUGUCCAACCACACCCCUGAAGAGCCCAUCUACUUCGGCAAACGCUUCAAGCCUUACACCAAGCAAGGCUACAUGAGCGGAGGGGCAGGCUAUGUUCUAAGCAAAGAGGCCCUCAAGAGAUUUGUGGAAGGUUUUCGGACCAAAGUUUGCUCACACACAACACAUGUAGAGGACUUGGCACUAGGGCAGUGUUUGGAGAAGAUGGGUGUUCUGGCGGGGGACUCCAGAGAUACUUUGCUUCGAGAAACUUUCCACCCAUUUGUGCCAGAACACCAUCUAACUGGCAAGUUCUCCAAGAGCUUCUGGUACUGGAGCUAUUGCUACUACCCAAUUGUUGAGGGUCCGCAGUGCUGCUCUGACCUGGCAGUAUCUUUCCAUUAUGUAGAAGCAGAGCUGAUGUACACACUGGAGUACUACACCUAUCACCUGAGAGCGUAUGGCUACAGGCCACGCUACCGACCCUCUGUACGCCUGGGUCUGAGUCAUGGCCCACUCUCGCAGACAGCCGGGAGGGCGGGACCUAAAGGGGUGCAGGAGGUGACAGAUGGAAGGAGUCGCACAACUUCAGCUUUCCUUGUUAGUGUAAACCAAACUAAAGCAGAGACAGAGCCAGAGAAAAGGGAGAAAGACAAUCUAAUUUCUCGCGCUACUGAGAACAAGACUGCAGUCACUCUGGGCAGGCACCUCUGAUUCUGUGGUUGAUUUCCCUGCGCCGUAUGUUGACUAAUAUUUUCUUCUGAGAGGUCUUCCUUGAUCCAAUCGCAGUAUAAUUCCAGCCCGUAUGUCACUACAAACACCCACGGUGAGAGUGAUUUAAAAUUUGAAUAUGAUUUUUUUUUUUAGCUGCAGCUCCGUAUGGCUGGGCUAUGUUUAACCAAGAUAAACCUUUGGUUUAAUUAUGUUCAACAUGAUCAGCAUUUAAAUUUAUAUAUUUAUGACACUACACAAUUACAGUUAUGUGCUUGGGUAGAUGCAAGAAGAGGUGCAUAGAAUAUUAUUUUGGUGUUUUUUACAACCUGAUCUGAGCCAGUAUUACAGCUGUGUGCGUGCGUGUCAUUGAUGAGUUACAAUUUCAAAAUAUUUAGCCUCUUUUCUGGUAUUAAAUCUGAUGUUCUGGCUGUACUUUUCUGCAAUUAAAUUUAAAUAAUUCAAAAUAUGUUUGUUUUUUGGCUUUCUGAAACAACAUGCAACAUUUAAAAUUACAAAAAUCAAGUUACCAUAUUUCUUUAUUUUUUAAAAUCUCUUAGAUAAGUUAGCAAACUCCUAAUUUACAACCACUGUAUUUCAGUAAGAAAAGCAAGAACUUUGCUGUUAAAAAUCUAUUUUUUAUUUAUCUACAGUAUGUGAUAUAAGAUGCUCUGAAGAAUGUGUGCUUGAAACCAGCUGUACUUUUUUCUGAGAACACUAACUUCUGAUGAACACAGUGUUAUAAAAACAAAUCCGAUAAAUCCCUCUUGUCAAGUCAUUUUAUAUAACCCAACCAUAAACAUUGUUGCAGGUGUGAUUGAACAUUACUGCCUGCCCUGGAGACAAACUUGAAGAAUCACUUGUACACAGCUGCAGGAAACUGCACCGACGUUUUGAAUUAAUAAAUGAUGUAUACAAAACGAUUUUUAUUUUGA